AUGGCUUACCAAAACAACAGUUAUGGUUGGAGUAGCAUGCACGAUAUAUACGAACCCGCAUACUAUCCGCGACAUCAUCAUCAAAAGCGUCCUGUUGCAAUAUACGAUGAGCCCGCAGUCGAGACAAAUCAAUCUUACCAUGUCCAGGCUCGCCGUGAGAUUGAGACUGAUCAACAAGAUACGAGGUUUGGUGGUCGGAUUUAUAAUACUUAUGAUAGUGUUGAUCAACAAGAUACGAGGUUUGACGGUCGGAAUUAUAAUACUUAUGAAAGUGUUGAUCAAGAGGCUGAUGCUUUUAUUGAACAUGAGCAUAGGAGGAUGGCAAUGGCCAAACUCAUGUCAUCAAUGAAAAGCAUCUGA